GACGAACCAUUGAAAUACGCGAAAAAGUUUUCACCCGUGGUAGUCAGGACUGAAAAAAAGAGAAAAUAUAUCCAACCAAAAAAAAAAGUUUCUAAUUUUUCUAAUUUUUCUCUCAUUUAACGUUUAAAACAAUCAGAAAAUUGUGAAAAUUUAGUGAGAAAAGUGUUCGAGUCGCAUAAAUCAAGACAUUAUAAUUAAUUCAUUCGAUUAUCAGUUCCUUAAAAAAGAGAUUUUUUUAAUCAAAAAAAAAAAAAAUUGUGUGGAUUCAAAUAAGGAAAAUUUCUGGGGUGAACCAAAUGAAAGGAAAUUUUGUGGAGUAACCCAAUAUGGCCGAGAAGUGGUCGUCAAAUAGUUCUCUGGAUAAAUUGAUUGGCAGCAGCUCAGGAAGCAGCACUCGCUGGUCAAACUUCAGGCGGUCGUCAACACUUGGGUCGCGAUUCUUAUCACUUAGCUGAUAGAAUGGGCGGCCCUAGAGAUCAAGGACCACCGGUGAGUGGUCCAACAUCACUCUUCAUACUCUCCGAGGAGAAUAUACUUAGACGUUAUACCAAAUUUAUUAUCGAAUGGCCGCCCUUUGAGUACGCUGUUUUAAUGACAAUCAUAGCAAAUUGCGUAGUUUUGGCCCUCGAGGAGCACUUACCAAACGGCGAUAAAACGAUGUUGGCUCUCAAACUGGAAAAAACGGAAGUUUAUUUCUUAGGUAUAUUUUGUGUGGAAGCAUCUCUCAAGAUCCUCGCCUUAGGCUUUGUGUUGCAUAAAAACUCAUACCUCAGGAAUAUUUGGAACAUAAUGGAUUUUUUUGUUGUAGUCACGGGGUUCAUUACAAUGUUGCCAGAACAAGGAUUAGAUAUAGAUCUCAGAACAUUGAGAGCCAUAAGAGUAUUGCGGCCCUUGAAAUUAGUAUCUGGAAUUCCUAGUUUACAAGUAGUUUUAAAAUCGAUAAUUAAGGCUAUGGCACCAUUGCUUCAAAUCGGCGUUUUGGUCUUGUUUGCAAUCGUUAUAUUUGCAAUCAUAGGACUUGAAUUUUAUUCAGGUGCUCUGCACAAAAGUUGUUAUAGUUUAGAAGACAUAAAAGAAUUAUUUAAAGAGGGUGAUGCGGCGACUCCCUGUAACGCAGAUAAUAAGACAAUUGCACCGGCAGGUGCAUACACAUGUAAUUAUAACGAAAGUACAUGCAUAGAACAAUGGGAAGGACCCAAUUAUGGCAUAACAAGUUUUGAUAACAUAGGUUUUGCUAUGUUGACGGUAUUUCAAUGCAUUACAAUGGAAGGUUGGACUGCAAUAUUAUAUUGGACCAACGAUGCUCUCGGUUCAACGUUCAAUUGGAUAUAUUUUGUGCCUCUUAUAGUAUUGGGUUCAUUUUUCAUGCUCAACCUUGUUCUUGGUGUUCUCAGUGGAGAAUUUGCUAAGGAAAGAGAGAAAGUAGAAAAUAGACAAGAGUUUCUAAAAUUGCGUCGACAGCAACAAUUAGAAAAAGAAUUAAAUGGCUAUGUUGAAUGGAUUUGUAAAGCUGAGGAAGUGAUAUUAGCUGAAGAACGUACAACGGAAGAAGAAAGAAUGCAUAUUAUGGAAGCACGAAGACGAGCAGCAGCGAAACGAAAGAAACUUAAAAAUUUAGGAAAAUCAAAAUCAACAGAUACAGAAGAAGAAGAUGCUGACGAUGACUGUGGAGAUGAUGGCUUUCUAAAGUCCAAAGUGAAAACGCCUGGAAGAUGUUUAGGUUUUUGGCGUGCCGAAAAGCGACUACGGUUUUGGAUACGUCACACUGUAAAAACACAAUGGUUCUAUUGGUUUGUCAUCAUUCUCGUGUUCUUUAAUACAGUCACUGUUGCUGCUGAACAUUAUGGACAGCCGGAAUUUCUUACAAACUUUUUGUUUUGGACUGAAUACGUAUUUCUCGGACUGUUCAUGAUGGAAAUGUUCGUCAAAAUGUACGCACUUGGUCCACGAAUCUACUUCGAGUCUUCAUUCAAUCGUUUUGAUUGUGUAGUCAUUUGUGGAUCAAUAUUUGAAGUCGUCUGGUCCCAAAUCAAAGGCGGAUCAUUCGGUUUCUCAGUUCUUCGUGCUUUACGUCUUCUGCGUAUCUUCAAAGUCACCAAAUACUGGUCUUCUUUGAGGAAUCUCGUUAUAUCAUUACUCAACUCAAUGAGAUCUAUUAUCUCGUUGUUGUUCCUUCUCUUCUUGUUCAUACUUAUAUUUGCACUAUUGGGAAUGCAAUUGUUUGGCGGUCAAUUCAAUUUUGCUGAUGGAACGCCAGCAACAAAUUUCAAUACAUUUCCAAUUGCACUACUUACUGUCUUUCAAAUAUUGACUGGAGAGGAUUGGAAUGAGGUCAUGUACUUUGGUAUCGAGUCGCAGGGUGGACACAAGAAAGGAAUGCUCUACUCAUUAUACUUUAUUAUCCUCAUGUUGUUUGGUAACUAUACACUGCUAAACGUUUUCUUGGCUAUCGCCGUCGAUAACUUGGCAAAUGCUCAAGAGUUAACAGCAGCAGAAGAAGAACAAGCCGAAGAGGAUAAAGAGAAACAACAAAUGGAGCUUGAUAAAGAGAUGGAAGCACUCCAAAAUCCAGGAUUGUCGCCAAAUGGCAGUCCACCAAACGAUACAGGCCACAAGAAACAUCACCGUAAGAAAGACGACAAGAAAGAUGACGAUGAGGAAAUUCCAGAAGGUCCUCGACCAAUGCUGCCAUAUUCAUCAAUGUUUAUAUUAUCACCGACCAAUCCAAUUCGACGUGGAGCUCAUUGGGUUGUUAAUCUAAGAUAUUUUGACUUUUUCAUCAUGAUCGUCAUCUGCUUAUCAUCAAUUGCACUCGCUUGUGAGGAUCCUGUCGAUGAGGAAUCCGAAAAAAAUAAGAUAUUAAAUUACUUCGAUUAUGGAUUUACAUGCGUAUUUACAUUGGAGCUGCUUUUUAAAGUCGUAGAUUUAGGUAUUAUACUGCAUCCUGGCAGUUAUCUUAGAGAGUUCUGGAACAUUAUGGAUGCUGUUGUCGUUAUAUGUGCAGCCGUCAGUUUCGGUUUCGAUAUGGCUGGUGAUGCCGGAAGUGAAGUAACUAGCAACUUGUCAACAAUCAAAUCGCUGCGAGUACUUCGAGUAUUGCGUCCAUUAAAGACUAUCAAACGUGUUCCCAAGCUUAAAGCCGUAUUCGAUUGCGUUGUUAACUCUCUAAAAAAUGUAAUCAAUAUUCUCAUCGUGUAUAUACUAUUUCAAUUUAUAUUUGCUGUCAUUGCCGUUCAACUGUUCAAUGGAAAAUUCUUCUGGUGUACGGAUUCAAGUAAACAUACGGAAGAAGAAUGCCAAGGAUCAUAUUUUGUAUUUGAUAAUGAUGAAAUGCUACCGAGAGAAGAGAAAAGAAUAUGGGAUAAUCAAAACUUUCAUUAUGAUAACGUAGCGACUGCUAUGCUGACACUGUUUGCUGUACAAACUGGUGAAGGAUGGCCACAAAUCUUGCAACAUUCAAUGGCCGCAACAUAUGAGAAUCGGGGUCCAAUUCAAAACUUUCGCAUUGAAAUGUCCAUAUUUUACAUUGUUUAUUUCGUAGUAUUUCCAUUCUUCUUCGUUAACAUUUUCGUGGCCUUGAUUAUCAUUACAUUUCAAGAGCAAGGCGAGGCCGAAUUACAAGACGGUGAAAUCGACAAGAAUCAGAAAUCGUGCAUAGAUUUUACAAUCGGUGCAAGACCACUAGAACGGUAUAUGCCAAAAGAUCGAAAUAGUUUUAAAUAUAAAGUGUGGCGAAUAGUUGUAUCAACACCAUUUGAAUACUUUAUAAUGAUGCUCAUUGUGUUCAAUACGCUUCUGCUGAUGAUGAAGUAUCAUCAACAAAGCAAAAAUUAUGAAAAAUCACUCAAAUAUCUCAACAUGGGAUUUACUGGAAUGUUUAGUGUAGAGACUAUACUAAAGAUAAUUGGAUUUGGUGUAAAGAAUUUCUUCAAAGAUCCGUGGAAUGUGUUUGAUUUUAUAACAGUUAUCGGAAGUAUUAUCGAUGCCCUGGUGCUGGAGCUAGGACAGGAAAACUCAUUUAAUGUCGGUUUCCUUCGACUGUUUCGUGCUGCACGUUUAAUUAAGUUAUUACGUCAAGGCUACACAAUAAGAAUAUUAUUAUGGACAUUUGUUCAGUCCUUCAAAGCGCUGCCAUAUGUUUGUCUACUCAUAGCAAUGUUAUUUUUCAUAUAUGCAAUAAUCGGGAUGCAGGUAUUUGGAAACAUAGCUCUCGAUGCUACCGGCGGUCUAACAAGACACAAUAACUUCCGCACUUUUGUGCAAGGGUUAAUGUUACUAUUCAGGUGUGCUACAGGCGAGUCGUGGCCGAACAUUAUGCUAGCAUGUCUUAGGGGUAAACCAUGUGAUCCGAAUGCAAAAAAAGAUGGUGAUUCAUGUGGAUCUUCACUAGCGUACGCAUAUUUUGUAUCAUUCAUCUUCUUUUGUUCGUUUUUGAUGUUGAACUUAUUCGUUGCUGUUAUUAUGGACAAUUUUGAUUAUUUAACGAGAGAUUCCAGUAUAUUAGGUGCUCAUCAUUUAGAUGAGUUUGUUAGAAUAUGGGCUGAAUAUGAUCCAAAUGCGACCGGCAAGAUCCACUACACCGAAAUGUAUGAUAUGUUAAAAAAUAUGGAUCCUCCCCUAGGAUUUGGUAACAAAUGUCCGAAUCGGCUUGCCUAUAAAAAACUGAUUAGAAUGAACAUGCCCAUGGAUGCAGACGGUAAAGUUAAUUUUACGACUACGCUGUUUGCGCUAAUCCGUGAAAAUUUGAGCAUCAAAAUGAGAGCUGCGGAAGAAAUGGACCAAGCAGACCAAGAGCUUCGAGAAACAAUUACACAUAUAUGGCCUUUGCAAGCAAAAAAGAUGUUAGAUUUAUUGGUGCCACGUAGCGAUGAGUUAAAUACUGGUAAAUUAACAGUUGGUAAAAUUUAUGCCGGCCUGUUAAUCUUGGAAUCAUGGCGAAAUACCAAGUUUGGCCAACUAGAGACUGAUGCACCGGACUUGCAUGGUGAUACAUCUCGUCAUGCGUCUAUGGAGUCCCUCGCUGAUGGUCAUUUGCAUCCCGGUAGAACAUUCAACGGCCAUAGAAGGUCACCUAGUUUAAGCAGACACGGUCAAUCACCACUAAAUCGCACACCGAGCCCACGAGGUCGUCAUCUGCCUCACGACAUAGGCUUUUCGGACACCGUCUCAAAUGUUGUUGAGAUAGUAAAGGAAGAACACAGAAGAGGUAGACCCUAUGGACAUGGUCAUAGAUUUGCUAGAGGACAUCCUCCACAACAUAGUUAUCCAGUAUUAGUAUCCUCACGACGAGGAGGCGUUGGGCAGGGACGAAGAUUGCCACCUACUCCAAAUAAACCAUCAACGCUGAAACUACAGUCAACAAAUAUUAAUUUCCCAAAACUCAACGCUAGUCCCACACGUCUUCAUUCAACACAUAAUACACCGCACAGUGUUCAUUCAUUGCCUCAUUCGAGAGACUACCUUCGUGGCGAUCCUCGUGAUAUGUAUUAUAGAGAUAGAGAAAGGGAUCGAUAUCGAGACAGAGACCGUGAACGAGAACGCGACCGUGAAUAUCCCAUACGAUACGAGUUUCGAGAUAGAGAACGAGAAGCUUAUGAGAGGGAGCGUGACCUUGAGCGAGAGCUUGAGAGGGAUUAUGAAAGAAUGGAGCAUUCAGUUCCACUAUCGUACGAACAAGCAUUGGCAAUGGGUAGAACGGGGAGAAUGUUAGGAUCACCGGUGCUGAAUGGCUACAAGUCCAAAGGACUUCAUGCUCGGCAUUCAGAUUCUGACGACGAAGAUUGGUGCUAGCAAAGGAUACCCAUUCUGAGCAAAACAAACAAUAAGGAUCAAAUAUGGGUAUAGUAACAUAUGAAGAAAUCACAAAUGAGUAAUGGAUAAGCAACUUUAAUUUACAACAACAGUGUCAAAAACCAACAAAACAACAAAAAAAAGUUUAAAAAAUAAGAAGAAAAAAUUUGAUUUUUUUUUGUGAGAAAUAAAAAAGUGAAAAAUGUGAC